AUGCAGUUCAUUAUCUACUUGUUACUUACAGCUCUACUAGGACCGUCGUCUGUGAAUGGUUAUCUCUCAGGUCGGCACGAAACAGAUGGCUCUCACAUCGAGACACAGCUGGAAUUACUGGGGGCUCGCAGCCAGAGCACGCCACCAACAGGCAAAAUAGCCCUCACCAAUGUCCGUGUCUUCGACGGAUGGACCAUUGGUGAACCGAGCACAGUGGUAAUCGACGGGGAUAGCAUCACCUUCGAUCCCCGCGGCGUACACAAUACCAUCGAUGGGGAGGGUGGUGUUCUCCCGGGAUUGAUUGAUAGCCAUAUCCACCUCAGCACGUUGGCCAGCCUGAAGUCCUUAAGCAGUUACGGGAUCACUACUGUCAUGAGUAUGGGCUGCACGAACUACACGCUAUGCGCAGCCCUCCGCAACCAAGUCGGAUUGACAACCUUUUUCACGGCUGGGGAAGGUGCAGUCGCACGAAACAGCACACAUGCAACGGUGUUCGGAGCCACGGGAUUCGUGAAUUCACCGUCCGAAGCGCCGGAGUUCGUGGCUAAUGUCUUUGGGAACGGGUCGGAAUAUAUGAAGUUGAUUGCAGAACCGAAUGGCUUCAACCAGGCUACCCACGAUGCGCUUGUCAGUGCGACACAUGCGCUAGGUAAGGUCGCCAUGACCCAUGCCCAGGACUACGGCUCGUAUGAAGUCGCGAUUCGCUCGAGGACCAAUGGCAUCCAACAUGUACCGUUCGAUAUCCCGCUCACGGAGGAGAUGGCACAACGCAUUAAACAGCAGGCGCAAUAUGUGACGCCGACACUAAACAUCGGAAAAAUUGUUACGGCGAAUGCGACCCUCGUAUCAAUCCUUUCGGGCGGAAUGAACUUGACAUACCAAGCUGGAGUGGCCGGUGUACAACAGCUGAUGCAUGCGGGUGUUCCGCUUCUCGCCGGAACAGACGCAAACGACGCAGCCGGCUCUUUUCUUGUGGGCGAUACAAUUGGCAUUACUCUACAUCGAGAGCUGCAAUACUUAACAGAAGCGGGUAUGAGUGAAGUGGAAGCACUGAGGGCUGCGACGGUGGUGCCUAGUAUUUGGCAUAAUUUGAUAGGGCGAUGGUCUAUCAGGGAGGGAUAUCGUGCAGAUUUACUCCUACUCAAGCCAGGCAGUGAUCCACUACGGAAUAUUUCACAGACAUUGGAUAUUGCUAGGGUCUGGAAUGGGGGUAUUGAAUAUGUACCAGCGGCGUAG